GCUUCAGUCGUUUGGUUUUUUUUGUUUUUUGUUUUUUGCUGUUUGUUUUGCUUUGUUUCUUAUUCCCUUUAAAACUGUUCUUUGGGAUAAUUUACCUGCCUCAAUGAAACAGCAAAUCUAGGCAAAAAUGGCGGCCACUUUGUUUAAAAUGCGUGCUGGAAAGACCCACCUCCUCUGUUCCCACGAGUUGGGCACAAAGAAGGUUGUGCAUGCCCAUUGGUGCCUCCCGAAAAAACUGUGAGAAUGUUUGGGCAUCUGGCAAAAAAAAAAUAAUAAAAAAAUCGAAUGUCAAUUUGUAAGUUAAUUGACUGCCGCUUUUGUCUGGGGGCAGUGCUUCUGUCCAGAUUCAGAGUUCUGCCUUCACUGCAACUGUCACUGGCCUUCCCCUCUCCGCGCUUCCCUAAAUUGUUGGUAAUAAAUAGCCUUCAGUAACAUCUGUUAUUGCUUAAUGGCCUUUCAAACAAAACCCACAGAACUGGUCAGAGGGAAAGAAACUUCCUUUUUUCACCCCAUAGCGAUAAUUGGAGCUGGAAUUGGUGGCACUUCAGCAGCCUAUUAUCUUCGCCAGAAAUUUGGGAAAGAUGUGAAGAUUGACCUGUUUGAAAGAGGAAAGGUGGGGGGCCGACUGGCCACCAUUACUAUACAGGGGCAGGAAUAUGAAGCUGGAGGUUCUGUCAUCCAUCCUUUAAAUCUGCACAUGAAGCGUUUUGUCAAGGACCUGGGUCUGUCUACUCUUCAGAGUUCUGGUGGCCUAAUAGGGGUCUCUAAUGGAGAGACUCUGGUAUUUGAGGAGAGCAGCUGGUUUAUAAUGAACAUAAUUAAACUAAUUUGGCAGUAUGGAUUUCAGCCCCUUCGAAUGCACAUGUGGUUAGAGGAUAUAUUGGAUAAGUUUAUGAGGAUCUACCGCUACCAGUCUCAUGACUAUGCCUUCAGUAGUGUAGAAAACUUACUACAUUCUCUAGGAGGGGACGACUUCCUUGGAAUGCUUAACCGAACAUUUCUUGAAACCUUGCAGAAAGCAGGCUUCUCUGAGAAAUUCCUCCAUGAAAUGAUUGCUCCCAUCCAUAGGCUUAAUUACGGCCAAAGCACAGGCAUCAAUGGCUUUGUAGGGGCAGUUUCACUAUCUGGUGCUGAUUCUGGCCUUUGGGCAGUAGAAGGUGGCAAUAAACUUGUUUGCUCAAGGCUCCUUCAAGCUUCCAAAAGCAACCUUAUACCUGGCUCAGUAAUGUACAUAGAGGAGAAAACAGGGACCAAGCAGACAGGAAACCCCACAAAGAUGUAUGAAGUGGUCUACCAAACUGGAUCUGAGACCCGUUCAGACUUUUAUGACAUCGUCCUGGUGGCCACUCCAUUGAAUCGAAAAAUGUCCAAUAUAACUUUUCUCAACUUUGAUCCUCCAAUUGAGGAAUUUCAUCAAUACUACCAACAUAUAGUGGCAACUUUUAUUAAGGGGAAGUUGAAUUCAACUACUUUUAGCUCUAGAGCCUUAGGUGAAUUUGAUCUCAGUACAAUCUUAACCACUGAUAAUUCAGAUUUGUUUAUUAACAGCAUUGGGAUUGUGUCCUCUGUAAGAGAAAAUAAUAAGCCUCAACCAUCAACAGAUGGAGCUUUUGUUUGGAAGACCUUUUCCCCGGAAAUUCUUACUAAAGAGCAAAUAUUAAAGCUCUUUUUGUCCUAUGAUGAUUCUGUGAAGCAGCAAUGGUAUGCAUAUCCUAUCUAUAAGCCUCCAGAGAAAUGCCCCUCCAUCAUACUCCGUGAUCGACUCUAUUACCUCAAUGGCAUAGAGUGUGCAGCAAGUGCCAUGGAAAUGAGUGCCAUUGCAGCCCACAAUGCCGCUCUCCUUGCCUAUCACCGCUGGAAUGGGCACACACAUAUGAUUGAUCAAGAGGACUUGUAUGAGAAACUGAAAACUGAACUAUGAGAUAACACUUUCAUUUUCUCCCUUCUUCUGGUUCCAAAUGGAAUAUCACUGGCAGAAACAAGACUCAAGCAGAGAUGAUUUUGAAUCAGAUAGUUUGCCAUUAUUGUUUAACAAGAGUAAUUCCAGUGAGUCAUGAGAAAAUACAAGGGUCUAAGUGUGAAGGUGUAACUAUUGCAUUUAUGCUAUCUCCACAUUUUUUUUUGUGUGUGUGUGUGUGUGAGUGUGAGAUUCUGAGAGUAUGUUUAUUAAAGCUGAGGAUAGUGAAACAGAGGAAGGACUUGGGGUAAAAGAAGCAGCAGGAGAGAGCCUAGAUGGUGGUCUGCUUUGGUUCCCUAGAAAUGUUAUAGGAAAGAAGUGAGCCAAGGCGGGGCUGCUGUUAGCUCACUGAAAAGUCAGAGAAAGGGGGCUUUGGAGACAAGUUAAGGGGGUUACCCCUGGACAAACUGCUGCUGCCCAUUGCUCCCCUGAUUGCAAGUCUUAUGGGGACCCUUAGAGUUUAAGGGAGAAAAGUAAAGAUGCAAGCCUAAGAGGGAAGAAAGGCAUGGGUGUACUCUGGAGAGAGCCUGUUCCAAAAUUUCUUAACUCUUCUUUUAAUAUCCAUCAACAGUGUUUUCCAAACUUGUCUGAUCGUAAGAAUUAUCUGGAAUUUGUUAAACGUAGUAUUCCCUAGCUCCUCUGGAGAUUCUGAUUCAAUAGAUCUAGAGGUAAGGCCCUGAAUUUUGAACAAAACUUUAGAGCAUUUUAAGCUGAAUACUUGAGGAAGAACUUAAAAAGACACACCUUUUAGUUGGGGACUAGUUCAUGGGAGCUGGUAUCUUAUGCCUGGCUGCAGUAAUUUAUACUGUUUUCAAAGUAAAUGUACCC